AAAAGCCCUUGUUUCUUGGCGGGAGGUAAUCAUCAUCGAGCUCAUUGUUGGACCCUAGUUUCCACUCCGCACUUUGAUUGUAUAAGCACUUCACAAUUUCUGGAAGGGAAAUCCGCUGCUUCGAGCGGACCAUAUCGCGCCCUUUUUGCGUCUUACGCCAUCUCCCUCUCUCUCUCUCUCUCUCUCUCUCCCUCUCUCGCAGCGACAACCCCAAAAUUUCACUCCCUCAUGCAAAGCAGCUCCUUCAACCCAAUCUCGAAUUCCCUUCAAUUUCAACGCCCAUGGAUUUUCCCCGAAACCCACUUCACCCUUGGUAUUGGGGUUCCAAAUAAGCCUAGAUUCCGCCUUACACCUCGAACUGUUAUCAGAACUUCAAGAACUCGGUACAGAGCCGAUGAAGGCCUUGAUGAUGGACCCAGUCCCAGCACUCCGGUGCGCUUCCCCGUCGUCCUUCUCCGGUCCGGUAGGGUCUCUCAGUACGUGUGGGAUGGGGUUUCUCUACAGUUGGUCGGCGUUGAUGGUGGUGCUUCAUCUGUUUCUUUUGAUUUCAAUGAUGGGUUUCGAACGAUGUACAGGGCAUGUGGUUUGGCUGUUAAGGGUUUUUUUAUUCCCAAGAAUGUUAGUGAGCAUUAUGUACUUUAUGUCAAAUGGAAGUUCUUGCAUCGGGUUUUCAGUUCCGCUCUGCAGGUUAUUGCUACUCAGGCAAUGUUUCGGGCUAUAGGAGUUGGGCGCACUCGUUCACUAGCAUCUGCAGCAGCUCUGAAUUGGGUCCUGAAGGAUGGACUUGGACGGUUAAGUCGGUGUAUUUACACUGCCACGAUAGCAUCUUCAUUCGAUACAAAUUUGAAGAGAGUCAGGUUUUCGACCGCUAUUCUAUUCAGUUUAAGCAUUGGAGUUGAGUUGCUGACUCCGGCAUUUCCUCAGUACUUCUUGCUUCUUGCAUCGAUUGCAAACAUCGUGAAACAAAUAAGUCUUGGAUGCUACUUAUCAACGGCUUCUGCUGUUCAUAGAAGUUUUGCGGUGGCAGAUAACCUUGGUGAAGUUGCUGCCAAGGCACAGAUUCAAUCAGUGUGCUUUGAUAAUCUUGGUCUCAUACUUGCCGCCCUUCUGAACUUCUUGUCCAAGAAUGAUCAAAGAUUGCAAGCAGCUUUACCUUUUGUAGUUUACCCCAUUUUUGCUGCAAUGGAUCUUUUCGGAACAUAUCAAGGGCUUAAACAUGUCCAUUUGCAAACGCUAACGAAGGAUAGACUCGAGAUCAUAUUAUGCACUUGGAUCGAGCAAGGAUACAUGCCUACACCAGCCGAAGUAAGUGAGAGGGAAGGAAUUGGUUUACUAUGCAGAAAGGGUAAGGUUUCAUGGCCAAUCAGAAUAGGUUGCUUGAAUCUGGAGUCUCAAAUACCAAAAUUGUCAAUGCUUGCAAUGCGAUCUGUAUGUAACAAGGACUAUUAUUUUAUAUGCAUGGAUGUCUUCUGCUGGGGCUUAAAAACAAAUACACACGGUAUUCUUCUUUGUCUUCGUGAAGGGGCUCGUGCAGCAGAUAUCAGCAUGGGGUUAUUGCAGGCAUGCUUCAUCCGCAAAGCGAUUGUAUCGAACACGAGCAUUUGGGACGAAGAAAUCAUGAAAGGUAUUAAGUUUUCAGAUGCAAUGGCGAAGGAGUGGGUUGGUUUGGUUGAGGAUAGCAAGAAAUAUGCAGAAGAAAAUGGUUGUAAUUUGGUUAAACAAAUGUCAAGCUUAGGAUGGGCUGUCAAGAACGUUCUGCUGAGUACAAAUGAGCAAAUACGAUACAGCUUUGUUGAUGACUGAGGGAUGCUCAUUAACCCAAACUUAUUACUAAGAUACUGAACUCUGGGGAUAAAUUUAGAAUUUGUUAAUUAUGUAUUUUUUAUAUUAAAAAAAAACUAUAAUUGUUUACACAAUAAAAUUAUGGGAAAAAAAAAAAAACUCU